AUGCACUUCUCCAUCAUCUCCGCCGGCCUCCUCCUCCUGGCCCCUCUGGCCUCGGCCACCUCCGACCUAGCGCCCACGCAAGCGCCAAAGGAGUCCCCCAAGCUCGGGCAACCGACCUCGCAGGGCUGCUUCAAGAGCUCCAAGGGCCUCAAGGACGUCGGCCUGGAUGAGACCAAGAUCUCGUCGGGCGGGUGCCGCGAGGCGUGCCAGGCGAUCAAGAAGCCCGUCUUCGCCAUGGGCGACGUCAAGUGCUUCUGCGGCGACUCGUACCCUCCCAAGUCGGACCUGACGGACGACUCGGCCUGCGACGAGAUGUGCCAGGCGUACCCGCUCGAGGCGUGCGGCAACAUUGACGGGACGGCCUUUUCGGUGUGGAAUAGUGGUGAUAAGGUCAACGUGCCGUUUUAUGACGGCAAGGACGAGGAUUCUUCUUCAGCUUCCUCGGGAUCAAAGACGGCGACUAAGACUGCCGUUAGCACGAGCAUCAUCACUGGCGCUACCGAGUCCGAGACUGGGCUGGCUACGGCUGCGAGCGCGAGUGGCGAGACGGCCUCGACGACGGAGAGCGCUGCUGUUGCGACUUCUUCUAUCCCCAGCUCUGGGGCCAAGUCGAUGAUGGGGGCGGGUGUGGCCAUCUUUGUUGCUGCUCUUGCUGUCUAA